AUGAACAUUACCGAUUCAUGGAAGGAGAAUGAUGCACACUACUGUUUUCAUCAUCUUGUAUCCUCCUGUGAUAAACGUAUAAGAUCAGUUGUGUCUUCUUCCCUUAUGUACAUUUUUAUGAUGGGAUGUAUAACAGUUACAGUUGGUGGCAACUUAGUGGUGAUUAUUUCAAUAACACAUUUCCACCAGCUGCAUACUCCCACCAAUUUCCUUAUCCUUUCAUUGGCUGUUGCUGACUGCCUUCUGGGUCUCAUGGUGAUGCCAUUCAGCAUGAUAAGAUCUGUAGAGACUUGUUGGUAUUUUGGAAACACAUUUUGCAAAAUCCAUACCUCCUGUGACAUGAUGCUGUGCACGUGUUCCAUUCUUCACCUGUGCAUUAUUGCCAUUGAUCGGUAUUACGCAGUCUGUGAUCCAUUACAUUAUGUCACAAAAAUGACUGGUCAAGUGACAGGGGUAUUUUUGGCUAUUAUCUGGUCAGUGUCUUUAUUUCUUUCUUUUGGACUUGUCUUCUCUGAAGUGAAUUUAGAAGGCAUUGCAGAAUAUGUAAAUUCAAUUUCUUGUGAUGGUUAUUGCUCUUUAAUUCAAAAUAAGGUCUGGGGAAUAGUUGCACCAACUGUAGCUUUUUUUAUUCCAGCUUUUGUUAUGGUAGGUAUUUAUGUAAAGAUCUUUGCUAUUGCUGAAAGACAUGUAAAGGUUGCUAGAAUUCCAGAUAAGGUACCAACUGUGUCAAAUUCAAAACUAAAGAAAAACAAUGAAAGAAAAGCUGCUAAAACUCUUGGCAUAGUAAUGGGAAUAUUUCUCUUCUGCUGGUUACCCUUCUUUAUCACAACUGUUGUGGACCCAUUUCUUAACUUUUCCACACCAUCUGUUUUAUUUGACACAGCCUUGUGGUUGGGUUACUUUAAUUCUACUUUUAAUCCAAUUAUUUAUGCUUUCUUUUAUACAUGGUUUCGUGAAGCCUUGAAGCUGAUGCUCAGCUUAAGGAUAUUGUCAAUGAGACAUGCCAUUUUUCCUUUAGGAAAGGAAACAAUUUAG